UUCUCUCCCAUGAAUCAUUGACGGUUAGUUUUGCCGCACACAUCGGAUGGUGGGCUGACGCAAACGCGCCGCAUCCUGACUCGUGCCCUGCUAAUACCAAAGAACCCGCUCAUAAUUGGAGCCACCUGCGAGCCAUCGGUGCUCCAUGCUCCUCGUUCCACCCCAUCUCGCAACCGUUGUUCAUUUAUCUCUUCUCUUCAUAUUCUCUCCCGCUUAUUUCGGAACCGAAGUUUGUCACCGUCCUCCUUCUUCUCCCUUGUGGAAUUGUUUUGCAUGUCGCCCUCUGAUGCUUCGCUGUGUUGCUGCCUUUAAUUGAUUGGAUAUUUUGAAAGCUCCGAUUUUGUGUAUAGGCUUCGUCAUGAGUGCUGCUGCUGGAAAUUCACUCAUUUCUGUUACUCCUGAUGAGCUCAGAUUUCAGGUUGAGCUGGGGAAGCAAGCAUUUUGUGAUAUUAAAGUUUCAAACAGCACGGAACACCACGUUGCUUUUAAGGUCAAAACCACUUCACCUAAGAAGUACUUUGUACGACCAAACACUGGUAUUGUACGACCGCAGGACUCAUGUAUCAUCAGAGUCACUCUUCAAGCCCAAAAUGAAUAUCCUACUGACGAGCAACGGAAAGACAAGUUUCUCUUACAGAGUACAGUAGUGAAUCCUAAUGCCAAGGUUGAUGAACUUUCAUCAGAUACCUUCAAUAAGGAUGCUGGAAAAUCAACAAUAGAGGAAUGCAAACUAAGAGUUGUAUUUCUCUGCCCCAACUCAGCUCAAGGAAAUUCAGAAGAUGAAGCAUUGAAGAGGUCCAUACAAGAUCUUGAUCCCGAUUCUAGUCAGGCUUUACAGCGCCUGAAAGAAGAAAGAGAUGCUGCUAAUAGACAAACAAUGCAACUGCGACAGGAAUUGGACAUGAUGAAAAGGCGAAAAAUUCGCGGAAGUGAUCAGGGCUUUUCCUUCCGCUUUGCCAUUUUUGUGGGUCUUAUUGGAACUUUGCUUGGCUUGCUUUUGAAACUUUCCUUGUCUUAACCUCUGCGGACUGAUUUUGUUGGGACCUUUGCCUGCACAACUUGCCCUCUUUCACUGUAGAGUUCCAUGUUUCGUUGAAUGAGAUAUUUUUACUAGCAUGCUCUCUCUGUGGUUAUAUUAAUGUGCUGCUAUGGCACAUUGCAACACGAACAGAAGUGGACGCAUGAGGUGAAUCAGCUGUAAAGAAAGAGAUAAACAGAAUCAUGCUGCUGUACCGGAGAAUCAAAGUUCCCCACCUUCAAUAUAAUUUUCUAUUUCAAUUUAACACAAUUUUUUAAGACUUCCCGUGUUUCUACCUUUAAUUCAUGGAAUUUGUUAGAAAAAUGGACACCAUAUUGAAAAGGUGGAAGUUUAGGAGUUCUUGGCCUAGCCUCCAAGGACGUGACGCCUACAAGGGUUUUUCCCCUCGGUUUUAAUCUUGAGACACUAAGAGGAGGCAGAAAAAGUCUCAAAUCUCACUCUAAUAUCAAAAGAAGAGAUUUGGAGAGAUAGAAAAA